GACGGGCUCGGAGCCGCGGGGACAGACGCGGGGCCGCGGGCGGCGCGGGCACCAUGACCCCGCGCUGAGGCGCAGGCGGCAGGGGGGCGGGGCGCGAGGGACGCCACCGCCGGGAAGUUCUCCGCCAUGAACCUGAGGGGCCUCUUCCAGGACUUCAACCCCAGUAAAUUCCUCAUCUAUGCCUGCCUGCUGCUGUUCUCUGUACUGCUGGCCCUUCGUCUGGACGGCGUCAUUCAGUGCAGUUACUGGGCUGUCUUUGCUCCGAUAUGGUUGUGGAAAUUAAUGGUCAUUGUUGGAGCCUCAGUUGGAACUGGAGUUUGGGCACGGAAUCCCCAAUAUCGAGCAGAAGGAGAAACAUGUGUGGAGUUUAAAGCCAUGCUCAUUGCCGUGGGCAUCCAUCUGCUCUUGUUGAUGUUUGAAGUUUUGGUGUGUGACAGGAUCGAGCGAGGAAGCCACUUCUGGCUUCUAGUCUUUAUGCCACUCUUCUUUGUAUCCCCUGUGUCUGUUGCUGCCUGUGUGUGGGGCUUUCGACAUGACAGGUCACUGGAGUUAGAAAUCCUGUGUUCCGUCAACAUUCUCCAGUUUAUAUUCAUUGCCUUAAGACUGGACAAGAUCAUCCACUGGCCCUGGCUUGUGGUGUGUGUCCCCCUGUGGAUUCUCAUGUCCUUCCUGUGCCUGGUCGUCCUGUACUACAUUGUAUGGUCCGUCCUGUUCCUGCGCUCCAUGGAUGUGAUCGCAGAGCAGAGGAGGACACACAUCACAAUGGCCCUGAGCUGGAUGACCAUCGUCGUGCCUCUCCUCACUUUCGAGAUUCUGCUGGUUCACAAACUGGAUGGCCACAAUGCUUUCUCAUGCAUCCCGAUAUUUGUCCCCCUUUGGCUGUCGCUGAUCACUCUCAUGGCCACCACAUUUGGGCAAAAAGGAGGAAACCACUGGUGGUUUGGUAUUCGCAAGGACUUCUGCCAGUUUCUGCUUGAAAUCUUCCCAUUUUUGAGAGAAUACGGAAACAUCUCUUAUGACCUCCAUCAUGAAGAUAAUGAGGAAAUGGAAGAGACCCCGGUUCCAGAACCUCCUAAAAUCGCUCCCCUAUUUCGAAAGAAGACCAGGGUUGUCAUCACACAGAGCCCUGGGAAGUACGUCCUGCCACCCCCCAAAUUAAAUAUCGAAAUGCCAGAUUAGACAGCCAUGUGCUCAGGAUGCACUCUCUUCUCCCUGCCUCCUCAGCCUCUUUGUUCACCCCCAGAACUGGCGCUGGAACUGGGGCUCCAGGACCUCCAUCUCAUGCCUUGUUUGCAAAUGCCUGCCAGUGACUCGGUGCUGGGGAAUCCAUAGGGCCGUAGCAGUGGAUGUGAUGAGGUGAGAGAGACCGAAGAAGUGUCUCUCUGCAGACUGGGCCUCGGGGUGGUGGGGACAGGAUGCUUGCCCCUGUUGGGUAUGAAGCCAGAAGGGCUACUUGUAGGCGGCUGCUUUGCCAAGUGCUAAAGUGCUCACGGCAAGUAUUUGUUAGUGCGCAGUUUGGCUUCCCCUGUGGGGGAUGCUGUGGCAGGGGAGCUGGAAGGUCUGGCCCCACAUACACACCAUCAGCAUUGUGUGUGACUGGCAGCAAGUGACCAAUCGUCCACCUGGCCCUGUGCCUGCAACUCUCCAGGACUGGCUUUGCGCCUGUGCAGUAUUUAUAUAACUUUAAGCAUUGUUAUAUACCUUGUGCACUCCUCGUUCUGUACAGGCAAUUCUGCAAAGUAUUUUUUUACAAGCUUGGAUGGACCUGUACAUGUGAUGUACCAAUCGUCAAAGUCAGUGGCAUGCCUGCCCCAGCCACGGCAGUGCCAGUCUUUUCCCUUAGGAAUUUCUCCACCUAUACUGUGUCUGCAGCAGCCAGAAUGGCCACAGCAAGAAAAGCCAGGGCUCCUGGGAACCCCUGACAGCCCACCAGCACCCCAAGAUGCUGCCAAGACCUGAGAUAGAUGUGUGGAGGUUAAGGGCUGAUGCUUUCUGUUUCCUUCCCUCUUGUAACAGCUGUGCUCGUGCAUUAAGAGAUGCAGGAGGAACCCAGAGUCAGGGAAGGGACCCAAAUCCCCAGACAGAAUUUUCUGCCCAGAAGCACAGGAGGUGAUAGUACUGGCUCCCCCCGCCGGGACAGUACUCCCUGGUUCCCAGAAGAAGCUCUGCUGCCCCCCACCACCACAAGUAUGAUCACCUUCUGUUCUGUUGAGGGCGGGGACUUGGGGAAGGAUGUCCUCAUUUUCCCUGCCUGCUGUGUGACAAAUGUAGCUCCAUCACCUUUUUGGAUCCCUUUAGCUGUUCAAUAAACUGGCUCCUCGUUUUCCAUAA